AUGACUGCUGAGCAGCCAAGUGCUCCAGCAACUACCACUGCCACCACAUCGGCAGACACGCUCGCCCUAGCAGGUCACGACGAGGAGCAGAUCCGACUCAUGGAAGAGCGCUGCAUCGUCCUCGACCACGACGACCAUGCCAUCCGCGAUGGUUCCAAGAAGGAAUGCCACCUCAUGACCAACAUCAACACAGGUCUCCUCCAUCGCGCAUUUUCCGUCUUCUUGUUCGAUCCCACCUCCGGCAAGCUCCUCCUUCAGCGUAGAGCCGUGGAGAAGAUUACUUUCCCCAACAUGUGGACCAACACUUGUUGCUCUCACCCGCUAGCCAUCAAGGGAGAAUUGGAGGAGCAGGACGAAAUUGGGGUCAGAAGAGCAGCGCAGAGGAAGCUGGACCAUGAAUUGGGUAUCCCGCCUGAACAGGUCCCCAUCGAUGAAUUUCAGUACCUCACCCGGAUCCACUACCUCGCCGAGUGUGGGGACGGCGUUUGGGGUGAACACGAGAUCGACUACAUUCUCUUCAUUACCGCUCCCGUGACCCUCAACCCUAACCCCAACGAGAUCUGUGACUACAAAUGGGUCUCGCCAGACGAGUUGCGCGUCCUGAUGAACGACCUCGACCCAGCCUCCUUCACACCCUGGUUCAAGCUCAUCGUCAACAAGUUUCUCUUCCCCUGGUGGGAUGUGCUGACUUCACGACGCACCACAAAGCCUGCUAGCAAGACGGCAGCAGCCGCCAAGGAGGAGAGCGAGGCAGAGGGAGUGCUGGAUGCCAAGCAGUUGAAGGACUUGCGAGACGAUACGAUCCAUAGAAUGCUUUAG